AUGUUGGCGCUAGUGAUCUUCAUCAUCAUAUUGUUCUUAUAUCUGAAAUGGAAGACUCGAAGACAUUCUGAUGAGCCACCAGCUUUGCCAGGGUCAUUGCCCUUGAUAGGACAUGGCCAUUUGCUUGUUGGAAACACAACUAGAUUCUGGGAGUUUAUAAGAGAUACGUCACACAAGUGUAUGGAGUUGGGACAUGUUGCAUAUUUCCUGACCGGUCCCUUCAAAUUCUACGUUCUUACCGAUCCGGAUGACAUUUUCUUGCUGUCAAAUACGUGUUUCCAAAAAGACGAAUUCAGUUAUGAGUUUACGAAACAAUUAUUGGGAAAUGGACUGCUUUAUGCACCAGUACCAAUAUGGAAAAGACAUCGCAAGCUUAUAAGUCCAGCAUUCAAUCAACAGAUACUGGAUUCAUUUUUGGUUAUCUUCAAUAAACAAGGACGAAAACUUGUUGAAAAAAUGCAAGUUGAAGUCGGGAGAGGGUGGUUCGAUCAAUCAAAGUAUGUGAAACAGAAUUUCAUGGAAACUAUUUGUCUAACGGCGUUAGACGACUGCGUUACACCAGAAGAGGCGAAUGCAUAUGUAGAGGCUUUCGAAAAUUACCUAAACGGUAAUAUUCUGAGAUUCCAGACGUUCUGGCUUCAUCCUGAUAUAUUUUUCAAAUUCAGUAACUUGAAGAAGAAACUCGACGCAAGCAUAAAAGUUCUUCAUGAAAUGUCCGAUAAAGUACUCAAAAACAAAAGAGCUCUUAGAAAACUUAAUGAAACGGAAAGUAAUACGGAAAACAGUCCAAAAUUGAAGGUAUUUAUGGAUCUACUUAUGGAUUUGGACGGUGGUGUGCUAACUGAUCAGGAGAUUAGAGAUGAAAUGAACACAAUCAUUAUGGCGGGCCACGAGACAUCAGCUAACGUUAUAGUCUUCGCUCUCAUAUUACUAGGAUCCCAUCCAGAAGUACAGGAAAAGCUUUAUGAGGAAAUACGAAGAGUGUUUGGUGACAGCGACAGAGAUAUAGAGAAGCAGGAUCUUUCACAGCUAAUUUACAUGGAAGCAGUUUUGAAGGAAACUAUGCGUUAUUUCGUAAUGGCUCCAUUCGUUGGAAGGCAUAUCGAUCGGGAGGUCAAAUUAAAAAACUGUACCCUUAAACCUGGUAAUAAUUGCUUGAUUCUAUACUAUGGGCUUCAUCGUCAUCCCAUUUGGGGUCCAGAUGUAAAUGAAUUCAAACCCGAACGAUGGUUAGAUCCAGCCACUCUACCGAAGAAUCCGAAUGCGUUCGGCGGAUUUAGUAUCGGGAAGAGAAAUUGUAUAGGUAAAACAUACGCAAUGAUGUCUAUGAAAUCCACAUUAUACUACGUCUUCCGAAGGUUCAAAAUGCAAGCAGACCACACCAAGCUGAAGUUCAAACUCGACGUUUUACUCAAACCAAUAACAGGACACUACGUCACUAUAGAGAAUAGAUCAUAA